CACAACGCAGCAUGCAAAUCGCCGAGUUACCAAUUGCAAACCCUAGUGGUGUCUGCCUAAAGGCUUUGAAAAGUAUAAGAUUGGUCAAAAGGAAAUUGGAUAAACGAGUAACCUAUUGAGCCACUUUGGCGGGUGUUACAAAAUUUAAAAAAAGUGGGGAUCAUUGGUAUGCAAUCCUGUAUUAGAUUCGUAAAGAAAAUCAUCGCCACGCUUCCGUUACUCUUUUGUUUACCGUGAGAUCUAAAAGUUGAGUUAAAGAUCUGAGAUCUGAGAGUUCUAAUUGAGAGUCUGAAUUUUGCAUUUAAACUAUACACGCCACCUCGGACUUUAUUUUAUCUUGUAUUUAUUAUCAUACUUUUAUGACGGAGUGACACGUGUUUAGUUCUAAAUGGGGCACUGUUUUAUUGGUUUCUCAUAACCUUAAAAUUUUUUCCAUGCGACGCUUUGUUAGAUAAGCAUCCUUAAUCCGGAACCGAAACUUCAUUGUUUGUAAACGAGAAGAGUAUGUGAACACGAUCCGCAAACGUCAUCAGUAUUUACGACAUGGUUCAAGGCAAGUAAUCAGUGUUUGUGCUCUCAGCGAGGUCGAAGGGAACUGGGCAGCAGAUAACAGUAGUGAUUUCCAUUGAGAGCAUUACAAUGCCACUGAACUAUGCAGAUGUGCCAUUACAGUACGCGAAACACAAAGACCUACACAAGGAAGAUGUGGAAUACCUCAAAUCCUGGAUGGGAAAACAACCACACUUACCCCAAAUUAGCGAUCUUGAAGUGAUCCUUCUUCUUUCCAGCUGCGAUUGUAAGGUGGAGAUGGCCAAGACGACCAUAGAGAACCAUUUCACGUUGCGCGGAAUGAUUCCGGAGAUUUUUGGUCCUCGCGACCCGGAGACAUGGAGACUAGCUUUGGAUGUGGCAACGGUAUUACCGUUACCAAAACUGACGCCUGAAGGUUACCAAAUUUUCUACUGCAAGAUUAACAAUCCGGACCCAAGCAAGUACGUAUUCACCGAUGCGAUCAAGUACCUGGAAACCAUUUUCAAAAUGACGAUACUCCAAAAGGGAACUUUGGAUGGGAUGAUUGGAGUGGUCGAUAUGGAAGGAUAUUCACUAGCGCACCUUGCGAAAGUCAACUUGAUGGUAUUGAAAAGACUAAUCGUGUUUGUGCAGGAAGCACUCCCAAUGAAGCUCGCAGCUGCCCACUUCAUCAACGCCGGUACGCGUCUCGACAAAAUUUUCGCACUCAUGAAACCGAUCAUGAAGAAGGAGAUCAUUGAGAUGAUCCACAUCCACAGCGACUACCAGAAGACCUUGUACAAAUCCUUACCUCUUGAUUGCAUGCCAAAAGAUUAUGGAGGCUCGCUGGGGUCGGUUCAGGAGAUGAGAGCGGCAACGGUAGAGAUGGUGCUGAAUAACAUGGACUUUAUUGCAGAUGAAGAGAGAAAGGUUGCGGACGAGUCGAAGAGACCUCACCCGGUCACCAAAUUUAACGAAUUGUUCGGAAUUGAAGGUACUUUCAAGAAAUUAGAGAUAGACUGAUUUUGUAACAUUCAACUAGUCAGUACACAACACUAAUAUUU